AUGGACAAUCUACUCACGCAGAAGACGCCUACUGCGCUGGCAAUCGCGCAGGCUGUAGGCAUAACGGGGAGCGUGUUCUUACUAGGAUCCAAUGUAUGCCUUUCGGUAGUCGGCAUCCCCGCCGCAAUGCAAGCCCCCGCUCCCCUCGCAGUAAAGCAAUGGCACACAAUCUUCACACGAGGCGGCGCAAUCGCGAGGCCAUUAGCCAUUGUCUCAGCUCUAGCAACCGGGUACUUGGCCUAUAACCAAGAUCCCAAAUCCACACCUUUUCGCCUGAACGCUCUCGCGACCAUCCUCCUCCCCAGCAUCGUCCCCUUCACGCUCCUCGCCAUGGCACCCACCAACGACAAGCUUCUAGGCAAGAAGGACGAACUCGCGACCGCAUCGUUGAGCAACAAGAACGUCGAAGCAUUUGCCGCCGAGGGCGAGACAGUACACGAGUUGAUGGACAAGUGGGCGAGUCUGAACAUGGCGAGGGCAAUGCUGGUGGCUGUGGGAGCAGUGUGUACCGUUGCGUCAGCGGUCGUGGGAAGGAGGGAGCUUGUAAAGUUUGGUGGCCGGUGGUAA